GAGAAGCGAUUUGCUCAGAGAGACUUUGCAGGCGCAAAAAACUAUGCCAUAAAAGCUAAGACACUAUGUCCUGGAUUGGAGGGUAUAUCUCAAAUGGUGACCACAUUUGAGGUUUACAUUGCUUCUGAGAUUAAACACAAUGGUGAACUAGAUUAUUAUUCGAUUCUUGGAUUGAAACCGUCUGCUGAUAAAGAGGCUGUCAAGAGACAGUACAAGAAGAUGGCUGUGUUGCUUCAUCCUGAUAAGAACAAAUGUGUGGGAGCUGAUGGGGCAUUUAAGCUUGUUUCCGAGGCGUGGACUUGGCUGUCAGAUAGUGCUUUGCGCAGUACAUAUGACCUCAAGAGAAAUGGACAGAUGGGUGGGAUUACUCAGACAAAUUUGUCUUCUCCCCAUGCUACAGGUUAUAGCAAAAGUUCCAAUUUGCCGACUUCUCAUGGUAGGCACGACACCUUUUGGACAAUUUGCACCUCUUGUAAAGUUCAGUAUGAGUAUCUGCGCAAGUAUGUGAAUAAAAAACUUUCGUGUAAGAACUGUCGUGGCACUUUUGUUGCUGUUGAAACUGGGGCUGCCCCAGCAAAUGGUUCAUUUCCAUAUUGUCCUUGGUCCUAUGUGCCAGGAAAUGGGUAUGGAAGUCAUUCCUAUGAUGGAGUUACGUAUGUCCCAACCACUGCAGCGACCUAUUUCAACGGCAACGGGGUCGCAGGAUACCAUUCUGGCCAUGGGUAUGAAUAUGUUUCAAAUGUUUCAUUUCAGUGGGGCUCUUCUGGACAUGCGAAUCAAAAUGGACCAACGACCUUACCUACUGAUUCUGUUUAUCAAACCAAUGGAAGUGUGAAGAGGGGAAGACCAAAAAUCAAAUCAGUUGAUAAGAUGCAUCGUGUGGCUGAGACUGCGAUCAACGCAAAUUCAGAUGUGUCGUUUGUUUAUAAUGAACAACAGGAUCUUAAGAUGAGUAGACCAGACAAGAAAAGGAAAGUAGUUGCGGCAGCCAAUUUUAAAAAUGGCUAUGUUGAAAUGGGGUCAAAAUGUGCUUCUGAAUCAAUUUUGGCUAAUGGCAAUGAAAGCCUUGGACAAGGCCAGAAGGUUUCAUGUGGAAGUGAAGUUCAAACCAAGCAGUGUUCCAUGGCACCAGCUUUUGAUGCGAGAAAAUUAUUGAUUGAGAAGGCCAGGACUGAAAUUAGAAAGAAACUGGAAGAGAUGAAGUUGGCUUCCGAAAUUGCUGCUGCAGCAGCUGUCAGUGCAAGAGAAAAAUCUCAAGCUGAAGAUGGUCAAGUAAAAAGGGAGACAUGUAGAAAAACAGUUCUGAAUGCUUCUGGGCAUCAAGUAGAGCGCAAGAAAAUUGGUCCAGCCGCUAUAACUGUCCCAGAUUCUGACUUCCAUGACUUCGAUAAAGAUAGGUCAGAGGAAUGCUUCAAGCCAAAGCAAAUAUGGGCCUUGUAUGAUGAGGAGGAUGGAAUGCCACGAUUAUAUUGCCUGAUCCGUGAGAUUAUCUCAGUUGAUCCAUUCAAGAUUCACAUUAGUUACUUAAGUUCCAAAACCGAUAGUGAGUUUGGCUCGGUAAACUGGCUUGAUUCGGGUUUUACCAAAUCUUGUGGAAAUUUCAGGGCAUGGAAUUCUGAUGUUGUUGACCAAGUUAACAUCUUCUCCCAUCUUUUGAGUAAGGAGAAGGCUGGUCGAGGUGGUUGUGUACGCCUAUAUCCCAGAAGUGGAGAUGUUUGGGCUGUUUAUCGAAAUUGGUCACCAGAGUGGAACAGAUCUACUCCAGAUGAAGUGAGGCAUCAGUAUGAAAUGGUGGAAGUGCUGGAUGAUUACUCUGAGGAACUUGGUGUUUGCGUUUCGCCCCUUAUCAAGCUGACCGGAUAUAAAACUGUUUAUCAAAGGAAUACAGAUAAAAGUGCCAUUAGAUGGAUACCAAGGAGAGAAAUGUUGCGCUUUUCGCACCAAGUGCCAUCAUGGUUGCUGAAGGGGGAGGCAGAAAAUUUGCCUGAAAAGUGUUGGGAUCUUGAUCCGGCAGCGACUCCGGAUGAGCUUCUUCAUGCAGCAGCUGCAGAAGCUGAUGCUCUUUAGGGCAUUGGGGAGUAAUAUUUGGGGGGUUGCACUUUAGCAUACUAAGUUCUCAAUAUUUUAGAUUUAACUGUUACACUGUGUCCCACUUGGUCAGAUACCAAUGAGGCAUUAACCACGGGUCUUUUUAGAGGAUGAAAUUUUUAUUUUGUAACAUUAAUCUCUAUUUCUAGACACCGAGAUGUAGUAGUAGUGAUUGCUUGUUGGGUUAAGUUUCUUGUUGCCAUAGGAAGUGUAACUCUUUGUUAAGAGGCUCAGGGCAGAUUUGUCAUUUGAUGAUAGCUCUGCCUACUUUGUAACUCUACUUCUGGCCACUAUUUACUGGCAAAGAAUUCAUUCAAUGAAAUGAAGGCUGAAAUCAAAUUUAAA